GCGAAGCGACGAGCCCCUCCUCUGUCUCGCAGUCGCGCGCCACGCCCGGAGCGGCCACUGCUAUUCCCAAUCGCUUGCGCGCCUAUUGAUGGCGUGAGCGAGCGGCACGGCACGGCGCUACGUGGGUGGAACCGACCGACCGACCGAAUCCGCCAUGGCCGCAUCCGUCUCCCUGCUCGCCGCCGCCGUCGCGCUGCUGCUGCUGCUGCCCGUGGCGCGCGCCGAGGUCAAGACGACGCCGAUCGUCGGCGACGCGCGGCCGGUCAUCCUGUUCGAGGAGUUCGGGUUCAAGCCGGGCGGCGUCGCGGGCGUCUCCGUCCGCGGGGUGUCGUGGCGGGUGCCCGAGGGGUCGCAGCUCCAGGCCGCCGACCCUGGGCUGAUGGGGUUCGUCCUCAUCUCCAACUCCCUCUUCUUCCAGAUCAACAACGAGUCCGAGUACGCCGAGGCCACCGGCGGCGCCUUCUGCCCGCUCACCAGCAAGUACGCGCUGCCGCUGUUCCGGCUCAAGGACAUCGCCCCCGACGGCAACGGCAAGGGGUCCGUCACCAUCGACGACGACGACCAGUACACGGUGCUGUUCAGCAGCUGCCAGGACGGCGUCGAGGUGACCAUGGACGUGCGCACCGAGAUGUACAACGUGCGCGGCGGCGCCAGGGAGUACCUCCCCGUGGGCCUGCUGCCGCUGCCGGGCAUCUUCGCGGCGGCGUCGGCCGUGUACUUCGCGUUCCUGUGCGCGUGGGCUUGGGCGUGCGCCAGGCACCGCGCCACCGCGGAGCGCAUCCACGCCGUGAUGGGCGCGCUGCUGCUGUUCAAGGCGCUGAAGCUGGCGUGCGCCGCCGAGGACUCGUGGUACGUGGAACGCACCGGCACGCCGCACGGCUGGGACGUGGCCUUCUACGUGUUCGGCUUCUUCAAGGGCGUCCUCCUCUUCACCGUCAUCGUCCUCAUCGGCACCGGCUGGUCCUUCCUCAAGCCGUACCUCCAGGAGCGGGAGAAGAAGGUGCUCAUGAUCAUCAUCCCGCUCCAGGUGGUCGAGAACAUCGCGUCGGCGGUGAUCGGCGAGACGGGGCCGGCGGGGCGGGACUGGCUGGCCUGGAACCAGGUCUUCCUCCUCGUCGACGUCAUCUGCUGCUGCGCCGUCUUCUUCCCCAUCAUCUGGUCCAUCCGCAACCUGCGGGAGGCGUCCAAGACCGACGGCAAGGCCGCGCGGAACCUCCAGAAGCUCACGCUCUUCAAGCAGUUCUACCUCGUCGUCGUCGGCUACCUCUACUUCACCCGGAUCGCCGUCUCGGCCUUCGCCGCCGUGCUCAGCUACAGGUACCAGUGGGUCGUCACCGUGGCCAUGGAGGCGGCCAGCCUGGCUUUCUACAUCUUCGUCUUCUACAACUUCAAGCCGGUGGAGAGGAACCCGUACCUGUACGUCGGCGACGACGAGGAGGAGGCCGCCGGCGGCCAGCUUGAGAUGGAGGGCGCCUUCGAGAUAUAAUCACCAUGGACAUGGCAUGGCAUGACCAUGACUGCCUCCCUCCCUCUGCCUCUCCCAGUUUUGUAACUAUAAUGGUGCAUCCGCUGCGUUCUUUUUUGCAUUGCUGUGUAUAAAUGACCAUGCAAAAAAAAGCUCCAGCUCAAAACAUUUGGCACGCUCUCCAUCGAUACUGUGAUUCCCCGAGGGAAAUAACAAAGCAUAUAGCAAAUAAAAAGUGAAAAUUUUCCUACUGGUUAAUUGACUGAUUUUUUGGUUUUCAUUAGUCACCUAAAGUUGCUCAGUGUUGAAAUUUGCAGCUUUAGUACAAGAAGAUGUAAACAUUGCAAC